GCCUAAAGCAGGUGAUCUGAUAAUCUGCGAUAGAUUUAAGCACCCUCCUGGGAAGGGAACAUAUCUUUUCUGGCAGAGGUCUUCAAGCAGAAAUAGCUGUGCUCUGUUAGUCUUCAGGAUUUUACCGACAGCCACGCAUUUGCGAUCAUUUCACACCACAUUGCAGAAGAAGCUUCAGAAUGUCUGAAUCCACAUCUAUGGAGUUUAGCGGGACGCAUCAAGCCUUCCGGGACCGCUGGGCGAAGACUGAUGAUGAGAUGUGCAAGCACAGUAUGUCUUUUCAUCUUCACAACACCUUGAGGCAGGAGUUCUUCGCCAGCUACCUGUACCUUCUGGAGCAGAUUCCUCUGGUGAAACUCUAUGCGGUGACUUGCGAGUACAUUAAAGGGGAGAAGCAGUUUUACUACAGGGCACAGAACUUCUACAAGGACGUCCCGCCGUCAGAAGAGGGCAUGAUGGGAGAUUUCGUGGAGAUAUCCGAGAUUGACCUAGAGGGCUCAAGGAAGUUCCUGAAGAAAUUUGUUGGUCCAGGAAAGGCGGGCACCAAGCGUGCGUUAGACUGUGGCUGUGGAAUUGGACGAGUGUCUAAAGGGGUCCUGUUUCCUGUGUUUGAAACCAUGGAGAUGCUCGACAUGAUGGAAGACUUCAUCCUUCACGCUCAUGAAUGUUACCUUGGAGAUGAUGCAGACCGGGUGGAAGCCUACUACCUUUACAAUCUGCAAGAAUUUAUCCCACCUCCAAAAAGAUAUGAUGUCAUCUGGAUGCAGUGGAUAGCAUGUCAUCUUACUGAUAAAGACCUGAUGGAGUCUUUAGUUCGUGCUAAAGAGAGUCUGAAGCCUAAUGGUGUGAUCAUCAUUAAAGAUAACAUGGCACGACAGGGGUGCAAGCUGGAUCCUAUCGACGGCAGCAUUAUUCGUCAUUUGGACAUCAUGAAGAGUAUCAUUCAGAAAGCAGGUCUCACCAUAUUGGACGUGGAGAAACAGGAAGGGUUUCCUGAGGCCAUCGUACCUGUAUGGAUGAUUGCCAUGAGCUGACCCUAUGAAUGAAAGAGGUGAUUAAGUUCGUUUUGACGUUUUUUGGAUGCACUUCUUUAAAGUAUACAUUCUAUUGUAAAAAUGCAUAGGAUGUUUAAUUCCAUUGAGCUUCCAUUUGCCAGCUUAUAUGUAAAAGGGUAUUAUUAACUGAUUUUCAAUGUGUUCGGAUCAUUGUUAUUUGAAAAUGAUUUUCCAUUGUUUUAUUUUGGCAAGAACGAAAAUGUGUAACAUAUCUCUGCUGUCCUUUUGAAACCUUGUUUCUCCAUAUUUCAUGAUCUUUAUUUUUUACCAUAAAUUGACCAUUAUUGUUAGUCACCCUUUAUAUUUGUCAAUGGGUUUUGCAAAUAUCAAAC